UCUUUUCUUCAUCAGAAUUCAAAAAUGCCAUCUAAUACAGCUGCUAGUAGGAUGUGGAAACUCAAGAUCAUUAAUCUGUUUUUGACAGGCCACUUCAUAAGUAGCUGCAAUGAUCUCAGUAACAUAAAGCAAUUUUUGCCAUGACUUCAGUGGCCAUAUGUAUAUAACUUGGAUGCUUGUCUCUAGUAUUGUAUAUCUUAGUUCCCUUUUUAUUAUAUAUAUACAAAUUGUAAAACCACAGAUUAUAAUUUGUAUUGAAAAGAUAUUCCAUUUAUAAGGAAGGAAUGAAGACUUAGAGACAAUAACUUACAGGCAAAAGCUGAUCUGCUGAUAUUUGGAAGUAUGUCUGUUUUCCCUGCAUGCUCAAGCACAAUUGAAGCACUAUUAUAAAAUAUGUAUUGAGAAUUACAGUGACAAAGUGUUCCUUCAGAUUAUCGAAAUAGACAAAAGAGAUCCUGCAAAUUAUGCCAAUUUUAAAAACAUAAAUCAAAUAAACAACAUAUCUUUAGUAUAUUUUCUGUGAUUAUCCACAUGAUUACUAUAAUUGCCCAUUAUAUUCAUAGUAUGUUUGUAAUAUUCUAAUCGCUUUUAUGUUCCUGAAAAUGUCACAUUUCUAUUCAUUGUUAGCAGCAGUCAACAGAUGGCGUUAUGUUUUUUGCAUCAUAAAUUAUAUAUCAUAUCAAAGCAAAAAUUCAGCUUCUCAUUUGCUAACCUGAUUAAAUAUUUUUUUUAAAUCUACUUUAAAAAAAUGAAUUCUAUUUUAAGUUUCUAAGUACUGCUUUAGACUGUGGUUUUGCAUACAUCCUGAAAUUAAUAUCUCCUUAUAAACUUUGCAAAAUGGACCAAAUUAGAACCUGAUCGAAAAGCCGUGUGAGUAUAUUUAUACUGUUGCUUCCACAGCACACAGAAAAAUGAGGUACAUCUCAGAUCCCCAGUGAGGAAUGAAAUCUCUAGAAUAUUUUCUGUGAAGGAUUGAUUUGAGUAAGGGUGUGAGAAUUGUUUCGUGGAAGCAAACUCAAAAAAAAAGUUAACAUUUUUUAGUUGUGAUUGUUGUAUCUUCUUUAUGUAUUGGUACUAAAAGAAAUAGAUUAUAUAUACUUCUACAAAUAGAGGUUUACUGUACCAAAGAAGAUUUUUAAAAUGUGGUUCUGAUUUUUAUUACUCAAAUAUACUGCAUAUUGAGUAUAAGAAUAUUUUUAGUGGAUGAGUACUCAGAGUUACCACAUUAACAUCUGCUGGGUAUCUGAAAUAUUUGGUGCCAGCUUUGCAUAGGUUGAACAUGUCAAACUUGAAGACAUAAUCAAAUCUUUCUAAUUACUCUUCUUGCACAGUUAAUAUGCAAUUAAUCUAUCUACAAAAAUUUCUGAGGCAAAUCCACUAUUUUCCGUGUUAACCUACAUUGUAGCUUUUGCCUAUGAAGCAUCAUGUCUUAAAGGCAGAAGUGCUCUUUUUUCUUUUCUUUUUUUUUUUUGAGCAGUAUAGGGCACCUAAAACCACAGGAAUAUAAUUAGUUUUUGUAGUUUUUUCGUGGGAGGGAGGUCUAAUUAAGCAGUUUUCCACUGUUGCAUGCACAGCUGUAAAAAAAUUGAUGGAGACAAGAGUUACAGAGGCUCAAAUAAAGACAAGAUUGCUUAAUAGGAGAUUAAGUUUAUUAUUGGAGAGUAAAAUCCACAACAAAAGAGAUAAUAUCAGAAGAAUACAGAUACCAUAAAUUUCUUACUUUAAGUAUUUCUUUUUCUGACGUGUGAUAAUGCCAACUUGAUCUUUCAAAGACUAAAAUCAUUAAAUGAGUAAGAUCCAAAAGUAGAUUCUAUUUAGGAAAAACUUCCCAUGAUGGAGUGAAUAAGGUAAAGAUAUCAGAUACUAUUAUUGUUAACAUAGUCAUCUAUCAGUCUGUUUCACUAGGAUGAUAAGACUUCAUAUUUUCCUUUAAAACAGAGGAUUUACCCUGUUCUUGCCUUUGUCUUAUCUGUUACUCUCAUCUCUUAAACCAGGGAUUUUUAAAAAUGUGAUAAGAGAAUAAUGACUGCUGUAUAAUGUCUAAAUAAAUAAAAUCACUACCUAACAUUUUCUGAGCGUUCAUGUAAGUAAAGCUCAGCUUAAAUGCAACUCUUAGAAAAACAAACAAAAAAACUGGUGAUUUAUUUCUGUUAUUUCAUAACAGACUAUUUUGUUUUUACUUUCAUGCUUUUUGGAAAAAAGAAGAGAAAAUAAUUUGCCAAAAAAGCCUAAACUGGAAUUAUGCCCUGUUCGGUAAAGCUGCAUAAAUCCUUCUUUUUACAGUCUUUGGUGUGGGUCAAGCACAGUGCUUCAGCUAUAGUCCUGUAAACUCAUGGUGACGCUCUAUCAUUUCCUGCAUUCCUAGCUUCUCCCCAAGGUAGUUAUGGCUACUCAUAUGCACAAGAAAACUUGACCUGAUUCACAGUGUUUAGUUCCCCAUCACACAAGUAUAUACUGUGUGUAUAUAUAUCUGUAACAGUUCUUUUAGGAGAAGUGAGAAGAAUUCAUCUACUUUCCACCAUAACUCCAUGUGAAAUUGUGUCCUGCAGGGCUUCCAAAAUGGGUUGGUGAUAUCAAGGCAAAGGCUGUCCUGUAAAAUAUUUUGUCAGGUAUUUUAACAUUUUCACUGUGAUAAAUUUUAGCUGAACAAUCUGCUGGAACAAUGGUGGAAAGGACAGUAGCUUUCUAACUAUGCUAUGCAAAUUCUAUUCAGAAAAAUCUAAGACUAAAUGACAAAGUUGUAAUCAUCAAAUGAAUUAUCUACAUGAUACUUGCUACUAUUAGCAAAGGAUAGAUUAAGAAAAAAUCUACCAUGGCUAUAUUUAAUGAGCCGUUUAUGAUUAUUUAGAGCUACAGCAGUCAGAUUGACUGUGUAUAAGAUACUUUUCCAUUAAUGUUUUUUUAGCCUGAAGAAUAAUCACUUAUGCAACAAUAUAGAUUGACUAACCAUUCCAUGUAUCUUUCAUUACAGACAAAACAUACUGAUUUAAACCCCACCCUCUGAAAUAAAUACUGCAUCUGGAGUUCAGCAGAAGAGUAGAUGAUUAUCAAUCCAAGAUUCAGGCAACCAAAACUCCAUACCAGUGCUUUCAAAAUACAGGAAUUUAUUAUCUCGUGAAUGGAUAUUCAUGGUAUGGGAAAAAGAAACACUGAUUAAUAAUGAAGUCACCAAUCCUGUGUUCACUGAGAAAAUAAUUUGUACUCUCCAAUUCAUCCUCCAGCUUUGCUUUGGAAGGGAUAAUCUAAGAAAAGAGCUUGCAGCUUGAAUGAUUAUCUAAUGAAGGAUUUGUGACAAUUUGGGGGACCUCUCUACAUGCUGCUUCUGAAUUCUGUUUGAUGCUCAGGAAUCUCUAUACAUAGCUGUGUCAGGCUGAAAAUACUUGCUUCCACAAGAGGUGACAAGAGAAAUUUUUGCUCCUGGCACAUGAUCAAUAAAGAAUCGGUGAUCUACUCAAAUGGAGUCCUUUGAAUUAUGCAGAUGCUAACAGAUGCUUCAGAAAAUUGCUGUUUGUUUACCGCUGGUUCUGCCAACCAACUCAAGAAAGGACCGAUCUAUUCUUUCAUUAAUCAAACGCAAUAUUAUCUUGAACUAAUUAUUCUUCUCCACAUGGCCUUUCUUCUGGUGUCAGCUUAUUUUUUGCUGACUCAUACUCAGGGUGCUCCUGUAGAGAAUGGGGCACUGUUGGAAACAUUGAAGUCACAGGUAGGAUUAUUCAGCAAUAAAAGUGAACACUAUUCAGCACAGGUGAGACCUCCUGGCACAAGCCGACGAAUACCUCAGACAAUUAUCAUUGGAGUUCGUAAAGGAGGGACAAGGGCUUUGCUGGAAAUGUUGGAUAUUCAUCCUAAUAUUGUUGUAGCAGCUACAGAAGUCCACUUUUUUGACUGGGAUGAAAAUUAUGUGAAAGGAAUAGACUGGUAUAGGAGUUUGAUGCCAUUUUCUUAUGGAAAUCAAAUUACUAUUGAGAAAACACCAGGCUAUUUUACAUCACCACAGGCUCCAGAAAGAAUUCAUGACAUGAAUAGCUCCAUUAAGCUGCUGCUCAUUCUGAGAGAUCCCACUGAGAGAGUUAUAUCUGACUAUACCCAAGUAUAUUACAACAGAGUAGAAAGUCACAAGCCUGUUCAGCUUUUUGAAGAUAUUGUUAUUAAGAAUGGAGCACUUAAUACUAAAUACAAAGCUAUUCAGAGAAGUUUAUAUGAUGUUCAUAUGGAAAAGUGGCUUAAACAUUUCAGUUUGGAUCAGAUUCACAUAGUGGAUGGCAAUACUUUAAUCAAGGACCCUCUUCCUGAAUUACAAAAAGUUGAGAGGUUUCUGAAUCUUCCUUCCCGAAUUAUGUCUUCUAAUUUUUACUUUAACCAAACUAAGGGAUUCUAUUGCAUUCGAAGUGAUGGAAGAGAGAGAUGUUUACAUGAAUCCAAAGGGCGACCCCAUCCUCUUGUUAACAACACUGUUUUAGAACAACUUUAUUCUUACUUCAGAGAGCACAAUGCAAAAUUUUACAGAAUGGUUAAUCAUUCUUUUGACUGGCAUUAAUGCAUUUGCAAAUGCUUCUUUAAAAGGGCCUGAAAUGAACUCUUCCAAGCAUAUCUUUGUAACAUGUAGAGAUUCAUAUUAUGAGAACUUAUACUGGCUAUAUAUAGAAGCAGUGAUGUGUUUGCUUCACUGGAACAAGACAUCCGUCAACUCAUUAAAAUGUUGGGAAAAAUGUUUCAUGUAUUUGUAUGGUUACUCUGGAUCAUAUUCUAAUCUUCUUUUUCCCAUCAUGCAAAUCAUUCCCAUCAGAAUCUCAAUAGACUUAAUUCACAUUUGAUGUUUUGGAAAAAUGACUGCUUUUAACAAUGUAAAAAUGUACAUAUUUGAAACUGUAUUGUUCUAACUGUUCUGUAUUUUUUUUGUCCUUCGUAUUUUUUAUAUCAAGUAUGAGGAUAGUGACAUUGAUUUCUAGAAUUUUUCCUACAAUAGGUUAAAUUAUAUGUUAAACAGGGGCAUAAAUAGUGGCUCCAGUAAAUAAUUCAUCCUAUGCUAAUAUGUUAAAACUUUCAUACAAUUAAUAAUAAUAGGAAUCUAUUUCACCUUCGAUUUUGAGUAGGUGAACUAGAAGAUCCUUGUCUGUAUAUCAUUAGUAUUAAAUCACAGUCUUAAUAUCUUGGGUCUGAAAAAAAAAAUAAUCUCCACAUAAUAAAGUAAGAAUAUGAACUGUCUGAAGAAGUUUAGGAAGUGAGAGAUCUGAAUGUAAAGAAGUUAAAAACAUCCCAGGCAAACUCAAUUUACACCAUUAUUCUGUAUAGUAAAAUGCAAAAAAAAAAUUGUUAAUAUCAGCACCUGUACAAAUGUUUGAUUAUAUAAAUUAUUUUACUUUGCAUUUGAAUGAAAAAGAUAACUCCUUAUCAGUACUAUCAUAUUAUAUUUGUGUUCUGUGACUAAGUUAUUCUAUUUCUCUCCCAGCUUUACUUUAAGUAUCUCCAUUGGAAUAGUGAUUCUUUUGAAUAAGAAAAACACAUUUCUUUGCCUGCCCUUCAAAGCAUGGAGUAUUCUUUGUAAUUUCUAAUGCAGGUCAUGGGAGGUACUCAGACUUAAAAGUAAUAUGUCUUUUAUAUUUGUAUAUCUCAAAUAUACUAUGGAUGACAUACUCAGAUCAUGUAUAAAAGUGACAUCCUGCAUAAGGAACUUUUCUUUUUGAUAUCUUUUGCCUGACAAUAUUGUCUGCUCUUUUGCAUAUAUCAGUACCAAAGAAGAAAAUCAACUUGAAAUGUUAAAUGCUAAAUAGAACUAUACAAAUGCAAGCACAUGUGCUUGUUUGAAAUUGUACCUUGCAAUCCAAAAAUCCUGGUGAGCUAUAAUUGUGUGGGCACACUCUAAGCAUCAGACUCUACCUAAUCCUGUUGAAAGUACUGAAUAUCUGUAUUUUUCUG